AUGCUUAGUUGCUCCACAGUGGUGGGUGUUGGGAAGCGAGCUGGACGAGGAGCUCAACGGAGAGCGUGGUCCAUCUCGGAUAUGGUUAAAAUAGUAAACGCCUCCUAUGUCGUGGUUGAUGAUGAUGAUGAUGAUGAUGAUGAUGAUGAUGAUGAUGAUGAUGAUGAUGAUGGUGGUGGUGGUGGUGGUGAUGAUGAUGAUGAUGAUGAUGAUGAUGAUGAUGAUGAUGAUGGUGAUGAUGAUGAUGAUGAUGAUGAUGAUGAUGAUGAUGAUGAUGAUGAUGGUGAUGAUGAUGAUGAUGGUGGUGGUGGUGGUGGUGGUGGUGGUGGUGGUGAUGAUGAUGAUUUUUCUUGUGGAAACGGAAUUAUACACGUUUGA